AGGCCGGUGCCAAAGGCUGCUGCCCGCAGGGUGCUGUGCCACGAGAACGAGAUCUACCUCUCCAACGGCAGCGAGUUCGUCUACGUCUACGACCAGGAGGGAAAGGUGCUGAAGGCCGUGUACCGCUGCCCCGACCAGGUGUGGCACGUGGAGCUGCUGCCCCAGCCCCGGCAGCUCUACAUCCUCUGUGCCCACAGCGGCAUUUACUGCGUCUCCCUGGACCAGCAGAGCAGGUUAAUGGAGCAGACGGAUGGCGACGGCCAAGAAAGCAAUUGCCCUUCCGGCAUCUUCCCUGUGGACUCGGACGCCUGCAUCUUCCCAGACUCCAGCCUGUGCAUGUUCACUCUGCUCAACAACUUCGUCAUCACCUUGUCCCAGGCUCACGGCAAAUGGUGGAUGAAACUGCACGAGCUCCCCCACCCCGAGCAGGAGAGUCCCCCGUACCGGCAGAUCAGCGAGGUGGGCUUCUGCCCCGGCCCCCCGCCCGGGGACGAGGGGGACGCUCCCCCCUCCCGCUUCCUGCCCGUCCUGUGCUGCGCGUCCUCCCCAGGCACCGUGGGAUCCGGGGAGGGGCUGUGGUGCUCGGGGGGCUUCGUGCUGGAAGAGCCCCUCUUCAGCCUGCUCUUCGGGAUCGACGCUGCCAUGCUGGAGUCUCCGAUGAUCCUCUGCGGCUUCCCUGACGGACAGCUCUGCUCCGUGCCGCUGAAGGCCCUCAGCUCUUCGACGACCGUCGACGGCUGCCACGACGUUUCCAACCAAGACCCCCCCGUGAAGAUCCUCCAUCAUUUGGAAGAACCUAUCGUCUUCAUCGGGGCCUUGAGAACGGAGCGGAGGGCGGCAGACGAUGCCGAGGAUGACCAGCUCUUUGGAGACGCUGGCUGUGACUGCGUGGUGGCCGUGGGCCACUAUGGGAAGAUGGUGGCCGUCAAGGCGGAUCAGAGGGAGGAGGCGACGGUGCCGGAGCUCAGGGAAUACUACUUACGUGGGCCCAUUCUCUGCGCCGCCUGCGGCAGCGGCAGCCGGAUGUAUUACAGCACGCACUCGGACAUCUCCGCCGUCGACCUGGACUGGGUCGGCGAUUCCUCCGACCCCGAGGACGCGGAGAGCUGCGCUGGCGUCCUGCCUCCCGUCCUGUCUCCGGCCAGUUUAAGUAUCUGUAGCGUUGUGGCUCUUUCCUUGUCUUCUCGGGCGUCAGAAGGUGAAUCGGAGCUGCUGGCCCUGUCCGCCAAAGGCCGCCUCAUGACCUGCGGCUUGUGCAGCCCCGAGGACCCCGACGUGGAGCUGACGCCCGCCGAGGCUGGCCGGAGGAUUAAGGAGCUGCUCUCCGGGAUAGGCAACACCUCGGAGAGAGUUUCCUUCCUGAAGAAGGCAGUGGACCAGAAGAACCGAGCCCUGGCCAGCCUGAACCAGGUGAUGAACGUGAGCGCGGCUUUGCUGUCCAGCCAGGAAGGCCAGAAGCCCAUUGCUUGCACUGUCACUGCCAACUGGAGCUGCCUCCUGCUCCAAGAUACCAUCACCAUCUCCUGUCUGCUGGAGAACUGCAGCGAGUACAGCCUGGAGGAGGGCUGGACCCUCUGCGUCCAGCUCCUGGCCAGCCCCUGUGCCUUAGAGGAGGAAUCUGUGGAUUCGGCCACCACCUUCACCUUCCCCAUCGACCAGCUCCUCCCUGGGAACAAGAGGGAGCUGACGCUGCCCCUCGGCUCUGCUGCGGACACCAAGCUGGACCUGCCUCUGACCAUCUCCUGUGCCCUCUACUACAGUUUACGGGAUAUUUUGGGCAGCGGCUCCGACUCCUCCGAGGCCCUGGAUGACCUCCUGCCCGACGACUCGCCCAUCCUCUCCCCGGACAGAGAGGGGAUCUGCCUGCCCCUCAGCGAAUGCACCAUUGACAUGCUCCAGUGCCUCCGUUUUGAGAGCAGCCCCCCCGGGCCGGAUGCUUCCCCCUGGAAGCUGUGGGAAACAGGUGGCUGCUCCGCCUUGUCCUUGGGCUGUAGAGAGAGCAAAACUGAGCUCUGCGUCAUGUUUCUGCGAGCUACGCUGGAGGGACCUUCCCCUUAA